AUGAAUAUUGAUAUUAUUAGAACCGGAUCCAUUUUCACCACUUUUCCUGAAGCACGUGCAGCUAUAGAAACAUAUGCUGCAAAAACCAACACCGUAUUAAUUUUAGGUAGAACAACUAAGAAUUCAGAUGGCAGUGGCUAUAGGCAGGUGUAUUUUGUUUGUGAAAGACAAGGAAAGUAUGGUGGAAAAGAGGAGAAACACACUACUAAACGGACCGGUUGUCCUUUUAUGAUUGGUAUAAAUUACCGAAAGCGUUCAAAAAACUUUGUAAUUACAAAGUGUUGCCUUGAACAUUGUCAUGAUAUUUGCCCGGAAGCAACAAAAUUUAGCCCUGCUAUACGUAAAUUUGACCAAGAUGAUCUUGGCCUAAUCGAAAAACUUUGCGACAAUGGACUUCGCACAAGAGACAUAUUUUCAGUGCUUAAUUCAGUAAGUUCAAAAUAUGUCCACAAGCCUGACGUUUACAAUGCCAUAAGUCGUCAGCGUCAAAAGAAAUUACAAGGUUUAAAUGAGAUCGAGGUAUUACUUAAAACUCUGCAACAUGAUGAAAAUGUUCUGGGUAGUAUUGCAACAAAAGCCAUACACAAUGAUGAACGUGACCAAGAUGGUGAAUUUAUUCAGGCGGUUUUUUGGGUGUACCGUCAUGCAGUUUUUGAAUUUGCGGUUGCAAAGGAUGUUUUAAUAGUCAAUGCUAUGUACAAAACCAAUAGGUUUUCGAUGCCCUUAAUAGUUAUUUGUAGCAUCGAUCAAUUUGGAUCAACCUACCCCUUGGCCUUUGCUCUUGUUUACUCAGAAACAUGUGAUUUUUAUCAUUGGGUGAUGCAACAAUUGAACAGGAUGUUAACUAUACUGACGGGCGAUGCACAAGUAGCAACAUUCAUAACUGACCGAGAGCUAGCUCUCAUCACAGCAUGUUCUUUAGUAUUUCCUCAUGCCAGGCAUCAAUUUUGCAUUUGGCACAUCUUUAAAAACAUUCGGAACAAGCUCAAAAAGGACGUCGAAAUUGAUGAAUUUAUUCAAGCUCUUCAAAAGCUUGUAUACGGGGAUAUUUCAAUAAAUGAA